GGGAGAUGGCCACCGGAGGGAGAGGAGGGAGGGGAGAAGCAAAGGGCACAAAAAGGCGGAGUAGUGGUGGCCUCUGUCCCUGUCACUGUCGCCACAGGGAGAGCUAGAGAGAGAAAGUCUUAGAGAGAGAGAGAGAGGGAGAGGUUUUUUUGGGCUUCAUCCAUGGCACCCAGGAAGCGCAAGGGGGGAGCGGCGGGCCCGGGAGAGGAGGAGAAGCAGUCCACGGUCGUCACGACCACGACCACGACCACCAGCGUGGCCGCCGUCGCCACCGCCGUUUUCACGAGGAGGGUGACGCGGAGCUCGGCGAAGGGGGAGGUCCCCGCUGGAGGGUCGAGGUCUAACUCGGUGCCCGGGCCGGCGGCGUCCAAGAAGGCCAGGGGGGCCGCGGGGAGGAAGAAGAAGAAGGCGGCCAAGGAGGAGGAUGAGGAGGAGGAGGAGGUCGCCGACGGGAAGGUCGCCGGGAAAGCCGAGGGUGGCGGCGGGGAGGGCCGGGAGGAGGAAGAGGGAGCCGUGGAAGACGAGCUGGAGGAAGCAGAGGCUGGCGGGGCGCUGGACUCCAAGGCCAAGACCGUCGUCAUCGAGCACUGCAAACAAUGCAAUUCCUUCAAGACAAGGGCUAUUCAAGUGAAGAAUGGCUUGGAGAAAGGUGUGCCUGGCAUCAUUGUUGUGGUCAACCCAGAUAAGCCUAGAAGAGGUUGCUUUGAAAUACGGGAGGAAGGUGGUGAAAAAUUCAUCAGCCUAUUGGACAUGAAACGACCAUUUGGCCCCAUGAAGGCCCUUGACAUGGACAAGGUGAUAUUGGACAUAACCAACAAGGUCAAAGCCUGAAGUACCUUUUUGCUCAAGAGGGAAUUUUGUCUAGAUGGAAGAUUUCCCCCCGAAGGUAGUUGGCUUUUUUUGUUUAGCAGCAGCGUUAGUAUUCACCCCUAAUUAGAUGCCAUGAGGGCAUGGAUGGAACUCCUAGGCUAGGGUUAGUCUUUUCGACUGUAAUUUCUUUGAACAGCUAUAGUACGUGCAUACUAGUCAGGAAAUUACCAAGUUGAGGUUGAGACAAUGCUUUAGUUGCAUCAAUCUUUACAAGGAAACUUUUCCUUAAUUUCUCCUCAAGCUCUCUCUUAGACACUCGAGAUAUUUGGGCCUUCUGCUUCAUUGAUUGUGGAUAUCUUCUGAUUCUAAUGUCUUUCCUUGCAAUUUGCUUGGAAGUUGAAAGCUGGCC